UCUCCUUCCCUUUUGUUCCCUCCUUCCCCUGCCCUGCCCCCAUCUCUUCCUCCUCCUCCUCCUCAAAACUCUCCUCGCCUUCCUUCCACCCAACUCAGCUUCCUUCACCAAACCCACCUCCCUUUCUUUCUCCCCGAACACCUGGUCUUGCUGGUGACUGCAUUUAUUACGUAAGAGGUUGGUUCUUUCGAGGUUUGUGUCCGUCGAGCAUGUCGCACAAGGUAGCGGAGGAUGCUGAGCUGGAGCUCGGGCUGGGACUCAGCAUAGGCGGCGGGAGGGCCAAGCACGGCGGGUGGCGCGAGUACGGCCGGAUACUGACCGCCGAGGACUUCCCUUCCCUCGUAUCCCAGUCCACUAAUAACAGCAAUGCUGUGGCCGGCUCUGUUUCCGGCAACAAGAGGGCCGCCGCCGAGCCCGACUCCCAGGACGGCGGUGGUGGGUCCCCUACUAGCGUCAGUCAGAUUGUGGGAUGGCCUCCUAUAAGGUCUUAUAGGAUAAAUAGUCUCGUGAAUCAAAAGCCCCCCCGCUCUGAAGAGGCCAAGGGUUCGGUUGGCAAGAAAGAUGAGCCAAGCCAUGUCCCAAAGGGAAACCGUCCAUAUGAAGGGAAAACAAGUAACACUGUCAAAGAGAUGUCAAAUCUCGGGUUCGUGAAGGUGUGUGUGGAUGGGAUUCCCAUAGGCAGGAAGGUGGACUUGAAUGCUCACUCAAGCUACGAGACUCUAGCACAAGCGAUAGAGGACAUGUUCUUUGGACCCACCAGUUCAAUUGGUGGUGGAGAGAAGGAACAAGUUAAUCGACCAUCUAAGCUUCUUGAUGGAUCGUCCGAUUUUGUGCUUACUUACGAGGAUAAAGAGGGAGACUGGAUGCUUGUGGGAGAUGUCCCUUGGAGGAUGUUCCUCAGCUCAGUGAAAAGGCUCAGAAUCAUGAGAACCUCUGAGGCUAAUGGACUCGGUAGGCACCAUCAACAGGAUUCCAAGAAAGGAACCAGACGCUGAAAAGAAAACCCAUAUAGUACCACCACAGCCUUCCGCAUUCUUUCGCUUGGAAACGACAACGAGGAGUGGUCACUCUAAAGAAUGGGAAAUCAAAAGUAGAGAAGUUGACAAUGUGGAGUUUUUUGGUCCUUAUUAUCUUUGUUCGGUUUACCUUUUCUGUCUCAUGGAUCGGCUUCUGGUUCUGGAUGCCUUUUUGGGUUCUUUUUGUCACAUAGUCAUGUUAGUUUUUCUUAUUUUUGGUCAUAUCAAAGUUCAAGUUCUUUUUGUUCUUCCAUAUAGUGAUCUUGGCAACGGGCCUUGCAUACUGUGGAGAAUGCUGCUCCUUCUCAUCCUGUAUAUAUGAGAGUAUUUUCCUCAUUACAGUGCUUGAGUUUGCUCCAAUUUCAUGGCAAUUUGGAACUUAGCCUUUGUUCCUUUGUGUGUGGUUGGAUGGUUUUGGUAUUUGGUUUGGUUUUCCUUAUUCAUUUGAGGACCGAGUCUGUAAUUUCAUCUUCCAAGUGUUCUCUUUUGUUCUCUGAUGGCUCGACGAAGACAAGAUCAUGUAAUCCUCUGGGAAAAGACAAUGGGCAACUCAGUCCUCUUGAUUAAUCGAUAUUAG